AUGCGAUUCCAUACCGUUCUUCCCUGCGUGGCCCUUGCAACCGCACCGCUGGCAGUGUCGGCAGCAGGCACCUUAGGCUUCGCCGUGGGCAACACCAACCCUGACGGAACAUGCAAGACGCAAAGCGACUUCGAAGCCGACUUCAAGGCGAUCCAAGGGAACAGCCAAGCUCAAAUCGUGCGCACAUAUUCCUCUUCCGACCAAUACGGGAAUCCAUGCAAUACGCCGUCUGAGAUCCUCCCGGCUGCGAAAUCGGCGGGAAUCCAGGUCCUGCUCGGCAUGUGGCCCGACGGCGGCGCCUACGAGAGGGAAAAAGCGGCGAUUGACAAAGCGGACCCCACAUCGUUCGGCGACACCUUGUACGGCAUCACGGUCGGCUCGGAGGGCAUGUAUCGAGGCACCUACAGCGCGCAGGAACUCAUAGGCUGGAUCAAGCAGAUGAAGCAGACCUACCCAGACACUCCGAUCGGGACGGCCGAUAGCUGGAACGGCUGGGCGAACGGUACUAUGGAUUCGAUCAUUACAAGCGGCAUCGAACUAAUUCUCGCCAACGGCUUCUCAUAUUGGCAGUAUCAAGAACUCUCCAACGCGACAACGACGUAUUUCGACGACAUGGCUCAAGCCCUGGCACAUGUGCAGGAAGUCACCGGCAGUCUGGACAAGAUCCACUUCAUGAACGGCGAAACUGGCUGGCCAGGCACCGGAGGCACCGACGCCGGCGCUGCAAAGGCCGGCGACGACAACAUGAAGACGUACUGGAAAUCCGCCGUGUGCGGCCUGCUCGACUGGGGCGUCGACCUGUUCUGGUUCGAGGCCUUUGACGAACCCAACAAGGCCGACGCCAUUGGCGACAACGGCCAGAAAGCCAGCGAGCAGUACUGGGGCUCCUUCACUUCCAGUCGGAAGCCGAAGUUCGACAUGUCGUGCUAG